UUUAGCUUCUUCGGUAUACCUAUAUAAUCUUUACCCAUAUAGGUAUCUAUCAGGCCGGAUUGAUUUUAAUAAUGGGACGAAUGACUGGUAUUAAAUGGGAGAAAUCCAUCCAAUGCAGACCAAUUCACAACAUAAUUUCUUCUGAUUUUCCUAAAUACAAUCCUCAACCUUGGAAGUUUAUGGAAGGUAAAUCACGUAUCGAAUGGUUGCUAUCAUAUGAAUAUCAACGCAUGUGGUUAGAUGAAAGAGAAGCAUGGAAAAAGCGUAUGUAUCCAGAAAAUACAACAGUAAACGUUGACAUUGUAAAACGAUAUGUUUUAACUUUCAAAACUGCUCAUCAAGCCAUAAAAACGCAAAAAAAGAAACUGUUCAAGAUAAAAAAAUUUGAGGGAAUCGAUGGUAAAACGAAAAGUAAACGGUCUGCCGAUGAUAAGGCAAUGGCUUAUAUGAAAAACAAAGAUAAUAAGAAAACGUCUCAUUAA